ACGCACACACAUCCCUACCGGAUGCGUUAUACUUUUGGGAGAAGGGAGGGCCAUAGUCAGCUUAUUUUCAUCAACAAGGUGAGAAAGAGAGGAAAAGAAGAGGGGGAAAGAGAAAACAAAAACUACCCGGAUAGGAGAGCAGUAGCAGUGCACUGGGACUCUAUCAGAGAAGCAUGGAUUAUUCAUUUUAAAAAGCCUAGGCUUUAUUAAAUAUUAAACACGUUUUUUUUAAAGACGUAGGAACGAAGGGAUUGAUUCCUGCUGGGAUUUACAGUAAAAGCGAGUAGCCUUCACCAACGUGACGACGCGACUUGAUUUGGAUUCGGGGCUCCAGCGUUUGGCUAUGCGUUGUUGGUUAGAAAGCUCCGCUGCAGUGUUCGCAUAGGGAUGGUACCCCUACGGGUUCACUAACGGACCGAUCCCAUAUCCACCCUCACCCCGGGAACGUACGAACUAAUAUGCAAUGGUUUUUUGUCCAGAAAUCCCCUGCGUUUCGCCGACUACACGCUAGCUCCGCAUGUCUGUCUGCCGCACCGCUCCCCCUGUGCGGCAGAUGCGAUCUAAAGAGUCUAUUUGGGCUUCUGACGCGCCGGCCAGGCGGCAGCAGCAGUACCCGCAACAGCGAUACCGUUAAGGAGCAGGAGCAAGUGGAGGAAACUGCAGUAUUCGCCUUCAUUCUGAGGUAUAACGAAGCGUUUCUGCAGCUAAGCGCCAACGCGAAGGACCCGGGGAUUCAUCUGUUCUGUUCUAUGGUCCAGCUGGUUGGGCCGAGUCGCAGAGCUAAGCCCAACGGGACCUGGCUGUUAUGCAAGCGGGGGGAGCGAGUCCCCAUGAGGGUGUCUAGGCUGCUGGAGCGCUCCUCGACCAAAUCGAUGAGGUUUCUUUGGAACAUUUACAGCAAAGGAUCGCAUAUGCUGCAGUGUCUUUGUGGCAAGAGUCUCAAGAAAACCAAGAACCCAACUGAUCCACAGCUUAAGGGCAUAGUGACCAGGUUGUACUGCAGACAGGGAUACUACUUGCAGAUGAACCCAGAUGGAUGUCUGGACGGGACCAAAGAUGACGGCACUAACUCCUCUUUGUUCAACCUCAUCCCAGUUGGCCUUCGAGUGGUGGCCAUCCAGUCAGUCAAGAUGGGUCUGUACAUCGCCAUGAACGGGGAGGGACACCUCUACUCAUCAGAGCUGUUUACAGCAGAGUGUAAGUUUAAGGAGUCUGUGUUUGAGAACUACUAUGUGAUCUACUCGUCGAUGCUGUACAGACAGAAUGAGUCUGGGAGGGCCUGGUUCUUGGGCCUGAACAAGGAAGGACAGCCCAUGAAGGGCAACCGAGUGAAAAAGACCAAACCAGCUGCUCACUUCCUGCCCAAACCUAUAGAAGUUGCGAUGUACAAGGAGCCGUCGUUGCACGACGUCAGGGAGACAUUGCCUAAAGUUGCCGGAGUCCCGCCCAGCAAAAGCACAACCAGCGAACCAGUGGCCAUGAACGGGGGCAAACCAAUCAACAAACCCGACCCGAAGGAAACUGCGACAUAACCCUGCCCCCUCCUCUCCCCCCGCACGACAGAGACUUGAGACUCUGCCCACUGCACUCAAACUCUCACCUUGAUUGGUCAAUUAUGGGCUAAGUCCCACCUCCUCUCUCUUUCUCUCGCUCAUUCUCUCUCUCUCUCUCUUUCUCUUUUUGGCUGAUUCGGUGCAGUGGUGUUCGAGAUGAGGAAAUGGACCACUCCAUUUGGGGGAUGGGGGAGGGGAGGUGGAAGGGAGAAGAGGAGGGGAGAAGGAGGAGGAAGGUGUUGACGAUUAGGAGGAGGAAGGGAAGGAGGAGGAGGGGGAUUGGCUGAUUUGUAUCAGCUAGAUAAACUACAAACUUGGACAGCGGAAUGCCCUAACUACGUGAUACGGAAUGCCUUUUUCAAAUCCUUACGAUUAUUUUUCUGUGACAAUCUGUGAGAAUGAUGACGAAGCGUUUUUUUCCCUCUUCCUUUUUGCCAGGUAGCCUUGCCUGCUGAUGGCUACCCAUAAGCCCCCUCUCUCACUCUGACGCACUAUAGCAACAGAGUCCAUCCAUAUUGACCACAGUCUGUUUGUUCGUCUGUUUACCAAUUUGUUUGUUUGUUUAUAAUUCUAUACCCAAAAUGCACCAGCGACGGUCUGGAUAGAUUGUUGUACAGACACAAAACAGGAUUGUCAUCUUCUAUUUUUCAAAUGAUUGUCUCUCUCUCUCUCUCUGUCUCUCUCAUUCUUUCUUAGCUUCUCUCUCUCGUUCCCUCUCUCAUUCCUUCAUUCUAUCUUAGUUUCUUUCUCUGUUUCUCUCUCUCUC